AUGUCAGGAAAUCAUAUUUUUAGAGAUUGUUUUAUCCACAUUAUUCCAAAAUGCAUAGGACCCAAGAGGUAUCAGUUAUUCAAGAAUCAGAUUUCAAAAAAUGGAGGAAAUUUGUGUGAUAAAGAACAAUGUGAAUCUGCUUUGACCCAUGUAGUAUAUGAUGAGGGAUUGUCAGUGGAUGAUCCAGAAAUUAAAUAUUUUCUAGAAUUAGACGAGUCAAUGAAAAUUGUGGGUACAAGAUGGUUAAGUGAAUGCAUUAAAAAUCAAAAGUUGGUUCCCAUAAAUGAAUUUCAGCUAUUGAUAUCCCCAAAACAAGAUAUCAGGCCAACAGAUAAAGGAAAUGAAUCGGGGACAAAUGCAGUGGACUCUCCUCCCAAAAGAGCCAAAGUUGAGCUUGAAAUUGAAAAUGAGAAUCAGUCCAUGCAUACUCAGAAAUCGUUAAACUCGGAACUUGUUGCAGAAUUGAGUAAAGUAGCAAAAUCUUAUCGAAGCCUGGGUGAUGUAUACCGAUCCAGAAACUAUACUAGUGCUAUUUCAAUAAUUCAGAAAUAUCCAAAAGAAAUCAAGUCUUAUGAAGAAGCCUUAUCUAUUAAGGGCAUUAGUGAACGUAUGGCUACAAAAAUUGGAGAAAUUAUUGAAACAGGAGAUUUGAGAAAAACUGCUGAGUUGAUUGGCAAUGAAAAAAUGAAAAUAGUAGAUCUAUUUACCCAAAUUUGGGGUGUAGGUCCAGCAACUGCUGAUAGUUGGUUUCGGCAGGGUCAUCGAACUUUAGAAGAUGUGAAAACCAGGUGCAGUUUAAAUAGAAUGCAGCAAAUUGGUGUUAAAUAUUUUGAUGAUUUUCAGAAGCCAAUUCCCCGUCAUGAAGUGGAAGAAAUUUGUGCAAAAGUGACACAAGUAGCACAGUCAAUUGAUUCCAGAAUCAAAACUGAAAUAUGUGGUUCUUAUCGAAGAGGAAAAUUACUAUGUGGUGAUGUUGAUAUUGUUGUUUUUGAACACAAUGAAAAUCACUCACAUUUAAUGCAAAAACUUCUCAAAACUCUAACCAGUAGUAAAUUUAUUAGUGAUGAAUUUGCUUCCCUUGAAGCAUCAAGGCAUCAUAAGUUUCUGGGUAUUUGCAAAAUGCCUGGACAAGACAGUGUAUUUCGUAGAUUAGAUAUAUUCAUUGCUCCAUUUAAGGAAUACGCUCCAGCAAUGAUACAUUACACAGGAUCUGCAACUUUUAAUGUUGCAAUGAGGCAGUAUGCUAUAAAGAAAGGCAUGCAUCUGUCCGAACAUGGUUUGUAUGAUAAAGUUGUUAGAAAUGGUAAUUUUGUUGUUACAGGACAUCCACUUCUUACUCCUUCUGAAGAAUCAAUAUUUCAUCUUUUAGGAGUGCCUUAUAAAAAACCAGAAGAUAGGGAAAAUCUUUCUGUUAAAGAAUUAAGAGAUUAA